AUGAAUUACUUUCUGAUAUUUACAAUUACUGCAAUAGCUGUCACAGUGAUAGGUCAAGAACUCAAUAGACCACCAUUUCUAACUGGUGCUUCAGAUGCAGUUGUUAAAGAAUUUUAUGAUUUAUUAAAAAAAGAUGAACAAAAAACUGAGGCACAAAUUGAUGCUGAUGUCGAAAAAUUUGUUGUUGGUCUUGGUGGUAAUUUUAAGGUUUAUAAAUUUAGAGAGCAAGUAAAAGCAGAAAAAGAAUCUUAUGAAAAAGCUCAUCAAGCAGUGACUGCUAAAUUUUCACCAGAUGCAAAAAAAGCUGAUGCUGAAAUGUCUGCAGUUGCUGAUGAUCCAAAUUUGAACGAUAGUCAAAAACGAGAAAAAAUUAAAAAUAUUAUGGACUGUAAUAUAUCUAACACCACAUCUCCACAAACGGUACAUUGUUAA